AUGUCGUCGGCACAAGAUCAGGAGGAGAGAACGGCUUUUCUGCGCGAAGAAUCGCCCACCCCUUCUGCCUCCUCCACGACCCUUGGCGACUAUCUAAGCGAUGUGGAAUCCCAAGAAAAGGGCACACUGUCCUCGAGGACACGAAAAUCUUCAUGGGGAGCAGUCGUCAAGACCAUCUUUACAAGACGGAACUUGCGUCGCUUUUCGAGACGAAACCCGCUUGUUUACACUCUAGUCCGAUACGCUAUUGUGGCCAUCGUUGCCGUCUUGGUAGCAACACCCAUACUUGCGCCUUCGUACACCAGGACCCCACGCCACUAUCGCGACCUCGUUUCGCGAUGUAGCGGCCCGGCUUCUGCCCAGCGCGGCUGCGCCAAUCCCUACAAUGAGAAGAUAUUUAUCAGCGUCAGCUUGUAUGACAAGAAUGGACAUUUAGCCGACGGACACUGGGGCCAGACGCUCUUGCAGCUCAUCAACCUCAUUGGAUCCGACAAUGUCUUUUUAAGCAUAUACGAGAACGACAGUGGCGAGGCUGGCGCAACUGCUCUCAAACACCUCGAGCAAAAGCUGACCUGCCGACACAAGAUUGUCAAUGAUGCUCAUGUGCCGAUUGAGGACUUCCCUACCAUCCGGAUGCCGGACGGAACUGAUCGCGUUAAGCGCAUCUCCUAUCUGUCCGAGAUGCGGAAUCGCGCCCUUAGGCCUCUCGACAUCUCUGAUGGCCCGGAGCUGGGCAUUGAACGAUUCGACAAGGUUUUGUUCCUAAAUGACGUGGUUUUCAAUCCCACCGACGCCGCGAACCUCUUGUUCAGCACCAAUGUAGGACCGGACGGCCGGUCGCAGUACCUCUCUGCCUGUGCGCUCGAUUUUAUUAAGCCGUUUAUCUUCUAUGAUUUGUACGCUCAGCGUGAUGCGGAGGGCUUCAGUGGAGGCCUGCCCAUCUUUCCAUUUUUCAGCAACGAGGGCAAUGGAAUAUCGCGCGCUGCCGUCCUUCACCAGAGCGAUGCCGUGCCUGUCAAAUCGUGCUGGGGAGGAAUGGUGGCGAUGCAGGCCAAAUAUGUUCAGAAUCUGGAGCCUGUGCUGCCGAGCUACGAUUUCCGGGAGAUUGGCAGCCACAUUAUUGACCCCAACUUCCCGACCAAUGUCACCAGCCCGGUGCGGUUCCGGAGCGAGCCCGAAGUCUUUUUCGAUGCUUGCGAGUGUUGUCUAUUCCUCGCCGACGUGACCCAAGCCGCCAAGAGCUUUGGCGAUGAGGACAUGGGAACUUUUGUCAACCCGUACGUACGAACAGCAUAUACGCAGGAUGUUUUCAGGUGGCUUCCUUGGGUCCGGCGAUGGGAGAGGCUCUUGACUAUUCCACAGUGGCUCCUCACGAGAUUUGCUGGACUGCCAACACACAAUCCUCAUCGCGCAGUCGAGCAAGGCGAGAGGUUUAUGGAGGAGAUAUGGGUUGGGCCUGGGCCGGGCCACGAGGAACAAGGCCACGAGCCCGGACAUUGGCAGAUGGUCGAGCGUACGGGCCGAAAUGGCAUGUUCUGCGGCGUCCGUGAGAUGCAGCUCGUGCUCCAAAAGGAGCGCAGCGAAGAUUGGGGCGAGGUGCAGCGGUCUGGCGAGGAAUGGUCCCUGCUUACGAGCUGGAGAAUGAGAGAACUGGCCGAGCUGGCGAGGCUCGCGGCCAAGAAUCCGGAAGCGAAGAUGGACAAGACCCCAAGCUACGACGACAGUAGCAUCGACAGCGGCUCACACGGGCCAAAGAAGCUCAACGGCAACAAAUGGCGCCCGGCCCACGCUGGUAGUCAUUAA